AUGUCAUUUGAUGAACAAAGAUUCCAAGCCCUAGAAAAGUCCAAAAAGACAAGUCAACAAGCAGUUGCAAAUGCAAUGGGUGUUAGCCAAUUAACUAUAUGGAGAUGGAAGAAAAAGAAACACAUACGCAAGCAUACAAAUGCAAUCAAGCCACUGUUAACCGACACUAACAAGAAUACAGAUGCUUUCAAAUUCAGUGAUAUGUCUAACAUAGUUCAUAUAGAUGAAAAAUUGUUCUAUCUCACUAGAACACAACAAACGUACUAUCUUACCCCAGGAGAACCUGAGGCACAUAGGAAAAUACAGUCAAAAAGAUUCGUUCCCAAAAUUAUAUUCAUGUGUGUCGUUGCUAAACUGAUGUACUCUAGUGUAGGUGAACUAAUUUUUGAUGGAAAGAUAGGUAUCUUUCCUUUUACAGCUCAAGUGCUAGCACAAAGAAGAUCCAAAAACAGGAAUAGAGGGGAACCAGAAACUAAAUCCAUUCAAUCCAUAACAAAGACACACAUAAGUUCAAUGCUAAUUGACAAUAUCUUACCGGCUAUUAGAGAAAAAUGA